GCCACAAUGACGCUCGAUAACUAACCCGGAAACAGCAGCCGCAAAUCGCUUUUCUUCUCCUCUCAGCUCGUACCGCUGGCUCCUAGCGUGGUAUCCAGCCCCGUCGACUCCUCUGUUUCUCUGCGAGCAUCAAGAGGCUGACCUCUGCUGGAGGACUGUGACCCGGGGCCACCUGCCAGGCUGGGCCUCCCUGCUCCUGACUGACAGUCAUACAGCUCCACUGCUGGUAUCGUAACAUGGGGAACCUACUGAAAGUUUUGACAUGCACAGAUCUGGAACAGGAGCCCAAUUUUUUCCUCGAUUUUGAAAAUGCCCAGCCCACAGAUGCAGAGCGAGAGGUGUGGGAGGAGGUGGAUGUGGUGCUAAAGGACGCGAAGGGGAUCCUGGACGAGCUGCAGGCAUACAAGGGAGCGGGGCAGGAGAUCAGAGAGGCGAUCCAGAAUCCCACCGAUGAGGCGUUACAGGAGCAGGCGUGGGCGGCUGUGGUUCCCUUAGUGGGGAAGCUGAAGAAGUUCUAUGAGUUCUCCCAGAGGUUAGAGGCGGCGCUGCAUAGCCUCCUGGGAGCUCUGACCAGCGAGACUUACGACGACACCACUCAGCACCUGGAGCGGGAGCAGGCGCUGGCCAAGCAGUUCGCCGAGAUCCUGCACUUCACACUGCGCUUUGAUGAGCUUAAAAUGACAAAUCCUGCCAUUCAGAAUGACUUCAGCUACUAUAGGAGAACGCUGAGCCGGAUGCGGAUCAACAACGUACCGGCCGAGGGUGAAAAUGAAGUCAACAACGAACUGGCCAAUCGGAUAUCUCUCUUCUACGCUGAUGCCACGCCCAUGCUGAAGACAUUAAGUGAUGGCACAACAAAGUUUGUGUCAGAGAACAAGAACCUGCCUAUCGAAAACACAACAGACUGCUUAAGCACAAUGGCGACAGUGUGUAAAGUGAUGCUGGAAACACCGGAGUACCGCAGCAGAUUCAGCAGCGAGGAGACGGUGUCUUUCUGCCUCAGAGUCAUGGUCGGGGUCAUCAUCUUGUAUGACUAUGUCCAUCCUGUAGGAGCCUUCGCCAAGUCAUCCAAAAUCGAUAUGAAAGGCUGCAUCAAAGUCCUCAAAGAUCAGCCUCCGAACAGUGUAGAAGGCCUUCUCAACGCUCUCAGGUACACAACCAAGCAUCUGAAUGAUGAAUCAACCAACAAGGCUAUCAAGAGCAUGCUGCAGUAGGACUGAGCUGCUACAACUGCUUGCCUCACACCCUGCUGGGAGGGGAGACGCCACUCUCCUGACUGAUGUCGGUGCACAGAAUGUUUUUUUCUUUCUUUCUUUUUUUUUUUAAAUGGAAAAAGAGCUACAGCUCCGCCCUCUUUUAUAAUGCAAAAUGCUACUGCCGUGAUGAACGUCUUUUUCUGUGCCAAAAAGAUGUUGCUGUAAUGUUUUCGAUAAAAGGCCAUGCAACAAUGGCAGCUAAUGAAAGCAUUGUAGAUCCUCUGGUGUUUUUAAAAAAUGUCUUGUUUUUCCCUAUAUAAGGGACGGGAGUGCUUUGACUUGAAAAUUUACAAGAGAGAGAUAUAUAGAGAAGUAUAUAUUAUUUUUGUUUGAUUCGUUAUUUAAUAUUACAUCUUCUGCAUGAUGAAAAUGAUGUCUUUUCCUUCUAUUUAAAAAAAAAAACUAAUGGUUCAGUUUAAUUUGUCUGCUCUGUUGUGCAUUAUUAAAUGUUUUGUUAUUGAAAUGGUACUUGUCAAAAUGAGAUUUAAGAGUACUGUUUUUUUUUAUAUUUUUUAUAGGUUUUAAUUUGUGCAUAUGUUUUUUUUUUCUUAGUUGUGUUGUAUUUUUCAUUUGAAAACUUUAAACUGUGAUUUGUGCUAAAUCAAAUUAAAAUUGGGAGUCUGUACUGUAAAUGGACAGUAUGCUGUGGCUGGAGAAAUUAAAACGAGAUCUCUUGUUUUCUACAA